AAUUUACAAAGUAACUUGAGAGAUUGGUUCAUAACGGAUUUUAGAGAAAACGUGAUAAUUGAAUGGCUACGACAAAUGGGACUACUAAGAAGUUCCCCUAUUUGUGAUUGUGGUAAUCAAAUGACUUGUGGAACUUGUGUAGACUACUGUGAUGAUGCUAUCUUUCGAUUUAAUAUGUGUUGGAGGAAGAAUUCUGCUAGAAUAGGAUAUUUUCCUUCAAUCCAGAUUGAGGCUAAGGCAAAUUAUGACAAUUAUUGCGAACUUUAUAAUAAAAGUAGCAGUAACACUGACUGCAGCCAGGUACCAUAAUAUAUAUGGAUGAUUGGAGAGCGUAAAGAUGCCUACAUAGACUUUGUUAUGUGCAUCGUGUCAUUAUCCACAAGUGGCAUUUUGUGGACUCAACAACUGAAGUGCACACAAACAGUAUUGAAGUUAUGUGGUCGAGGUUGAAAGAGUUUGUGCUACCUUGUCAUGGCUCCAGAUGCUGACUAUUAUGGAGCCAGAUGAGUGAUUUCCUCUACCGUAUACUUUAGAACCUCUAAAUCUCUUUCUAACCUUGACAAGUUUUUAAACCAUGUAAAAGAUGUAUAUCCACUUUAAUUCUUUGAUUUUGUAUAACAUCUCUUUACUCUAUACUAACUGUUUACUGAUUGGCCAAUAUUUCUCAAGGUCACUUAAGAUUCGUUCAAACGUUGACCAUAAAUUAUAGUCUCGGCACUAUGGAAAUCAUGUAUGUAAUGGGAUUAUGUAGUUUUAUAAAGUGACUGAUAUAUAAUGAGCAUAAUAAUAAUAAGAAUCCGUAAAUUUAAAGACGCAUUUGUUACAAAAGAAUUCACCAAGAUUGUCAGAAAAUACACUAAUGAAAAUUUUUAUUACUUAACAGUCAUUGGAUUUCAAAGUAGGGGACUCAAUAAAAACAUGGUUAAAAUCAUUAUAUUCUGGUGUUCAAGAGUAUCUAACUGAUACUCAACAGUAAUGGUAGAUACUCAUGAAUAAUACAUUAAUGAGAGUAUAUUUUGUAUAUAAAAUGAUUACAAAUUCUUUCUGUAGAUUAUCUUUUAAACACAUUUGUUCACUUUUAGUUAAGUACGAAGAAACUUAUGUAGUUAAAAUAUUGAGUUAAUGAUAUUGUGGUGCGUGCUACUUAUAUUGAUAUAAGUAGUAUAUGGCGCGAGUCAGGAAUGUAAUGUCUGGCGGCAGAAGAUGGGGAAGAUCAAGAAAGGAAGAACGGGAAUAGAAAGCAAUUAGUAUGGAAAUGCAAGAACGAUGAAGUUCGAGACAAUUACUGAACAUUUUGCAAAUUAAGUAUUAUAAUAUGGUUUUUUCUGUUUUAUC